CUGUCUAUCCACUCUGCGCUCUCUCCUCCGGCCAGCCGACGCCGCACCAGCUGCCGUUCGACCUACCUAGCCUACUCAACCGGUGGUCCGAUCUCCCCCGAACUCAGCCAAACUCCAAAAAAAAAAGUUACCCUGCAAAUCUGCCAACAUGUCUACUAAGAGGGUCACCAGCUACACUGUCAAAUCCUCCUCCUCAGGAACAGCUCCCAGGAGCUUCAGCAGCAUGUCCUACACCGGACCCAGCGCCAGCCGUCACAGCUACAGCGCCCGCAGCUCCUACGGGGGAGCCAACAGGGGCUUGGGAGGAGGCAUCGGUGGUGGGAGCUACAUCAGCAGCAGCUCUGCCUACGGAGGCGGCUACGGCCUGGGCUCCAGCAUGGGUGCGGGUGCGGGCAUGGGCAUGGGCAUGGGCUUUGGCAGCGGAUUAGUGACCCCCAUCACCGCCGUGACCGUGAACAAGAGCCUGCUGGCCCCCCUGAAUCUGGACAUCGACCCCAACAUCCAGGUGGUGCGCACCCAGGAAAAGGAGCAGAUCAAGAGCCUCAACAACCGAUUCGCUUCGUUUAUUGACAAGGUGCGCUUCCUGGAGCAGCAGAACAAGAUGCUGGAGACCAAGUGGAACCUGCUGCAGGGUCAGACCACCACCCGCUCCAACAUCGACGGCAUGUUCGAGGCCUACAUCGCCAACCUGCGCCGGCAGCUGGACAGCCUGGGCAACGACAAGAUGAAGCUGGAGGCUGACCUUCACAACAUGCAGGGCCUGGUGGAGGACUUCAAGAACAAGUAUGAGGAUGAAAUCAACAGGCGCACCGAGUGUGAGAACGACUUUGUGCUCAUCAAGAAGGAUGUGGACGAGGCCUACAUGAACAAGGUCGAGCUGGAGGCCAAGCUGGAGAGCCUGACAGAUGAGAUCAACUUCCUCAGGCAGAUCUACGAGGAGGAACUGCGGGAGCUUCAGAGCCAGAUCAAGGAUACCUCCGUCAUUGUGGAGAUGGACAACAGCCGCAACCUGGACAUGGACGCCAUCGUGGCUGAGGUGCGCGCUCAGUAUGAGGACAUCGCCAACCGCAGCCGUGCCGAGGCCGAGACGUGGUACAAGACCAAGUAUGAGGAGAUGCAGACAUCUGCCACCAGAUACGGAGAUGACCUGAGGGCCAGCAAGACAGAGAUCCAAGACCUGAACCGCAUGAUCCAGAGACUGACAUCAGAGAUCGACGGCGUCAAGGGACAGCGUGCCAACAUGGAGGCCCAGAUCGCCGAGGCCGAGGAGCGCGGGGAGAUGGCCGUCAGGGACGCCAAGGGUCGCAUCAAGGAUCUGGAGGACGCCCUCCAGAGAGCCAAGCAGGACAUGACCCGCCAGAUCAGAGAGUACCAGGACCUGAUGAACGUCAAGCUGGCCUUGGACAUUGAGAUCGCCACCUACAGGAAGCUGCUGGAGGGAGAGGAGGACAGACUGGCAAAUGGCAUCAAGGCCAUCAACAUCUCUCAACAGAGCACAAGCUACAGCGGCUUCCCCAUGGAGAGCGUAAAGAGCAGCUACUCCAGCGGCUACUCCAGUGGCUUCAGCAGCAACUAUGGCGGCGGAUAUGGUGGUUUCAGUGCCGGAAGUGCCGGCGGCUAUGGCGGCGGCAGCUUCAGCAGCCAGAGCAAGAAAAACGUCGUCAUCAAGAUGAUCGAGACCAAGGACGGCAAAGUUGUGUCCGAGUCCUCCGAAAUCGUCGAAGACUGAACGGUUUAGCUGAGGGUUUUUUUUUUUGCUGCCUGUCUGCAACGAUCAUCGUCUGUCUCUGUCCAGUAGUUUUAUACUCACAAUUCACACCCCAACUUUUUUGUAAAAAAAAAAAAAAAAACGAGUCUGAAGCAAAUACUUGCCAGCCACUCUCCGAUAGAGCAUAACUCUACUAAAGAUUUGAAAGGGACCAAAGAAUCUAUUUUUGUCACUCAUAUUUUGUAUGCCUGAAGUCUGAAUGUUUGUUUGUAUUAAAACAAGUUGUUUGAAGUUGUCCCCCAAGACACAAGUGAGUUAUCCAAUGCCCACAAUAGCAAAAAAGUGAAAAUAAAGUAAAGAGAAAAACGAUUCCCUCCAAAUCAACGCAGCUCUCUACCAGAAGGGCUGCUGACUUCAGGAGAGGUUGCACAGAAUGGUCACCGUGCUGUUGUUAACGGAAUGUGAAUGUAAACAGUGCUUCAGUAUUUUUGGUCAACUAAUGUCUUGAAAGUGUUUUCUACAGUAGGUAGUGCAUGUCUUCCCUGUGUGUGCUCUGAAACUGUAAUUGUUCGACCCCUUAGGAGGCUGCCCAUCAUACUGUUGUCCUGAGGUGCUGUUUUUGCUACCAAACCAAAUACAAUGUGUUUACUGAAACCUUA